UAUCAUGGCAGCAAGGCCCAAGCUCCACUAUCCCAACGGAAGAGGCCGGAUGGAGUCCGUGAGAUGGGUUUUAGCUGCGGCCGGAGUCGAGAGGCUGACUCUGUAGCCCAGGCUGGAGUGCAGUGGUGUGAUCUCGGCUCACUGCAACCUCUGCCUCCCAGGAUCAAGCAAUUCCCCUGCCUCAGCCUACCUAGUAGCUGGGACUACAGGUGCACCCCACCACGACCAGCUAAUUUUUGUAUUUUUUUAGUAGAGACAGGGUUUCUCCAUGUUGGCCAGGCUGACCUCGAACUCCAGACCUCAAGUGAUCCGCCCACCUCGGCCUCUCGAAGUACUGGGAUUACAGUUUGAUGAAGAAUUUCUGGAAACAAAAGAACAGUUGUACAAGUUGCAGGAUGGUAACCACCUGCUGUUCCAACAAGUGCCCAUGGUUGAAAUUGACGGGAUGAAGUUGGUACAGACCCGAAGCAUUCUCCACUACAUAGCAGACAAGCACAAUCUCUUUGGCAAGAACCUCAAGGAGAGAACCCUGAUUGACAUGUACGUGGAGGGGACACUGGAUCUGCUGGAACUGCUUAUCAUGCAUCCUUUCUUAAAACCAGAUGAUCAACAAAAGGAAGUGGUUAACAUGGCCCAGAAGGCUAUAAUUAGAUACUUUCCUGUGUUUGAAAAGAUUUUAAGGGGUCACGGACAAAGCUUUCUUGUUGGUAAUCAGCUGAGCCUUGCAGAUGUGAUUUUACUCCAAACCAUUUUAGCUCUAGAAGAGAAAAUUCCUAAUAUCCUGUCUGCAUUUCCUUUCCUCCAGGAGUACACAGUGAAACUAAGUAAUAUCCCUACAAUUAAGAGAUUCCUUGAACCUGGCAGCAAGAAGAAGCCUCCCCCUGAUGAAAUUUACGUGAGAACCGUCUACAACAUCUUUAGGCCAUAAAACAACACAUCCAUGUGUGAGUGACAGCGUGUUCCUAGAGAUGGUACUGUCUACAGUCAUGUCUUAAUGGAUCCCAGCUCUGUCAUGGUGCUAUCUAUGUAUUAAGCUGGAUCCUAAGUUGGGUCUUUUGUGUCAAAGAGAUCAUCUCUUCUAGAAAUAUCAACCUUUUUUGUCCAGUAAAUAAUUGUUAGGGGAUCUUUAUUGGAAAACUUUUUUGGAGAGGCUGGUAUUUAAGUUAGAUCUGAUUGGGCUACUCAUGUCCUGUAGCCAGUUUAUCCUCAUAAUAAGAAUAGGCAGGAUCUCUUGUUCUCUCCUGAGUGUCUUUCUGCUCUCCUGAGCGUCUUUCUGCUCUCCUUAUCCUGUUCUCUUAUCCUUAUCCCCUCCAGUCUCUGCCUAAUUUUUAGUGUUUAAUAACAACCGAAUGUCUGGUAAAUGACUCUCCUCUGAGCUGUAAUAAAUAAAAUGGUAGUAAUGAGUGCAAUCAGUAUUAGCCAAAAUAAAGAAUUUAUGAGUCAUUGCU